AAACAAAAGGAUAUCUUUACAAUUAUCUUCAAAUACACAUAAUCUUGCACUACCUGCUCAAUAAAGAUAAAAAGCAAUAACAACAAUAACUUAAGUUUUUUACAACAAUAACAAAAUGUCGUAUUUACUAAAUUUUAGCAAUGAUACUGCCAAGCAAAUACUUAUAGAAAUUAUACGCACUGUGAAUCAGCCGGAGAACUCCAAAAAGUUGUCGGAGGCAAAAGCCUCCGCAGGCAAAGAAAUGUUGUUAAUGAUGCAGCAUGUUUUUCCACUUGUUAUGCAAUUACAAACAGAUGUAAUCAAAACUUAUGGUUUUCCAGGUAACCGAGAGGGAUUAGUGCAAUUUUCUCAGCUAGUACGUGAAAUGGAACGUGAGGAUGUGGAAAUCGCCCGUCUGCGUAGCCAGAUAAGAGCCAUAUAUUUGCCACCCAUAGCUAUAAAUACCACAAACGAUAUAUUGAUUUGAGAAAAAGUUAACAUAGAAAAUUAAGACUGAAAGCAAAAAAUGUAUUAGUAAUAUUAAAGGGCCACCUAAGGAGCGACAGGCACUACAAAGCAUUUAUCUAAAAAUACGCCUACUAAAUUAUCUUACAAUUACAUACAUAUGUAUAUACAAAAGAUAUUCAAUUCCAUAAAUAUACGAUAGGUUUUUGUAAGCUAUUUUGCAUC